GGAGAUCUUUGAGCCUGGCCUUGGCAUUUGAGCUUCUAAUCGCUAGGAUAGGUUCAACUCUCUCCUAGGUUAAGCUCAGGUGAUCAAGACAUCGCUCGAAUAUUUUUCUCUCAUAAUUGCCCGGGUUGCCCAGGUAGUCUAGACCGCCCAGCUUCUUAUGGCUUCGGAUUCGGCCUCCAGCCCGGACAAAGUUCCCGUGCUGCUCCUCAAGACGAAGUCGUCACCAACAGAUGCAUACGAAGACAUCUUCUCUGCCCCGAGAGACGGCUCUCCUUCUUUCGAGCCAAUCUUCGUUCCUGUCCUUCAGCACAGAUUUGAGGAUGACGGCAUGCGGCAAUUCGAAAAGUUGCUACGGGAAAGGAGGAUAAGCCGUAGUGCCGAUAGCGCUUAUGGCGGCCUCAUCUUCACCUCACAAAGAGCUGUUGAGGCAUUCGCCAAGUUAGUUGACGAGGGCAAAGGUGAUCAGACUUGGCCACACCUCCAAGACAUACCUGUCUAUAGCGUGGGCCCUGCUACGACCCGAGCGCUUAAAGCCAUCCCCCAGGCACCCCCACUCCAGGUCUUUGGUGAGCAUACUGGAAAUGGUGAUGCGCUUGCGCGGUUCAUAUUGGACCAUUACGACGACUGGUACAAAGACCGCCCCACCAAGCCUCCGCUGCUCUUCCUAGUAGGGGAGCAGAGGCGGGACAUUAUACCAAAGACGCUAAUGGACGAAACUUUACCGGGUGUUCGACGAAUCGAAGUAACAGAGAUGGUCUUAUACGGUACUGGUGUUAUGGAAUCCUUCGCAGCUGACUUUGCGGACGUGUUACAAAGAACAUCGAACCGACCGGAGCGAUGGGUAGUGGUCUUUUCUCCAACGGGCUGCGAUAGCAUGCUCAAGGGUUUAGGUUUGCUUGAGCAGGAUACAGGUAAGGCUAUCGAGAAGGCGGACGAGUCGAAGCCGCCCACGUCGAUCGCAACAAUUGGGCCAACGACAGCAAGCUAUCUCAAGAAAAUGUUCGCUUACGAGCCCAGAGUAUGUGCUAAGGAACCUUCUCCCGAAGGAAUACGACAGGGUAUACUUGAUGCUAUCGAAAUCAAAUUAUGAUUCAACCUAGUGAUAGGACUGAAUGAUGUAGACGGGCUUAAUGCUUGUCAUGCUGUGCGUCCUUACGAAUCCAAGGGGUUUAUCAUACAGCAUAUCCGUGCGACCGAUCUGCGUUUAUGAGCGGGCUAAUGGAGGCAGAAUAGACUGUAGCAGAGCUAAGCUCUAGAGGGCGAAUAGAAGACACGCAAGAAAAAAAAAUAUUAAAGUUCCAAGAGGACAAGUGGUACGAGUUUAAUAAUAGUUUGGUCAGUAUUUGCAGGUAUUAUGUUGUAUUACCUAAAGUAUAAAUAAGUGCACAAGACGUAGUAGGUCAGGUACAUUUUUAUGUAUUUAUUUACCUUAGGCAGGUUAUAGGUACCUUCGGUAAUUAUUUAUUCAGACUUUCCCAACUUCGAC